AUGUUUACACGACGAAUCCCACGCAGCUCCAUCACGAGUCAUCCUCUUAGAGCCUUCACCACUACAUCUACCUCUCUCUCUCGUACACCAGCCCUAUCAAAUAUCACCCCUCAAGGUGUGGCCUCAUUCGAUGCAAAGCAGAAAGAAUUCAGAGAAAGAAUCGCAGAACAACAUCGCAAGAAAGAAGCUGCAAGUGAGUCCAAACUAUCCUCCCAAGCUCAAAUAUCUGCUUCGGCAGACCAUACACUAAAUGGAGUAGAGCACACAAACGGAAAUGGUGAGAAGAAAGGAAAAUUAAGUAGUUUAAUAUAUGGGACUCCAGAAGGUCGUGAGAUGGAAAAGGAGAUUGAACAGAGUUUCAGUCAGGUUUUGGCUAGAGGCAAAUAUGUACACUCGAUCGUGUUUCAUGAGGUCAAGCCAGACAAGGUUGAUGAGUAUGUCCAAUUGGUUGGGGAGUGGUAUCCGAAGAUGGCGGGAAUGGAGCAGAAUAAAGUACACUUAGUUGGAAGUUGGAGAACAGAGGUUGGAGAUUGUGAUACUUUUGUCCAUAUUUGGGAAUACCAAAGAUAUCACGGUUACCAUGACUCCCUGCAUAGUAUCGCAUCACAUCCUGGCUUCCAAGAAUUCGACAAGAAACUCAAGUCUCUCAUUACAAAGAAGAACGUUUCUCUCAUGCAAGAAUUCUCCUUCUGGCCUACCACUGCACCCCGUCAACUUGGUGGUCUCUUUGAAUUACGCUCGUACACAUUGCACCCCGGAAACCUCUUAGAAUGGGAGACUCAUUGGCGCCGCGGUCUAAAGGCUCGUAGAGAAGUCAUGGAAGGCGUUGGAGCAUGGUUUGUACAAAUCGGAGAACUGAACACCGUGCACCAUUUGUGGCAAUUUGCUGAUUUAGAGGAGAGAAAAAAGAGAAGAGAGCAAAGCUGGGAGAUUGAGGGCUGGGGAGAUACAGUUCAUAAGACUGUGCCAUUGAUUCAAAAUAUGAAGAGUCGAGUGUUGAUUCCAAUGCCGUGGAGCCCAGUUGCUUGA